GGAACUUUUGGGGAGGGGACAAUCGGUUUUGAUGGUUAAGUUUAGUAAUGCUAUCAAUAUCUUACUUUAUUAUGGGAAUUAUUAUGAAGUAUUGCAGUUCUACCCUUAUCUUAAUAGGGAGACUUAUAAAACAUGGACUACAAAUAAAAUUGCUUUGGCAAAUGCUCUCUUAAGUCAAAGGAAGGUUAUCAGCUACUAUAAUGAGUUCAAUUCAGAAUUUGCAAACUAUCUUAUAGAGCAUGAUAGAUACCUUAUAUACGAAAUCGAUUGAUACCUUGCCUCUCAUAGAGCUGCAAAGACAUUCCUUAAAAUGAUCAAGUAUUUGAAAGAACUUGAAAAAGCAGAUAAUAGCCUUGGAGCUUGUUGUCUAAUCUUUAAGAAACUUGAGAUUAGGUUGAGUAAGAAAUUAUGCAAUGCUAAAAUUAUCAAUAAAAUAUUUGAAGAGCUUCCUGACUCUUGUAAUAAAGCAGAUGCUUUUCAGAUUGACCCAGAAGAAUCAUAUCUGAGUGAUCGAAAGCUUGAUCUGUUUUACAAUAAUUUUGUAACUCAAAUGCAAGUAAACUUCAGCUCCUUAAAUUUUAUAUCCAGAAUGAGUCUUGUAAAAAGGUUGAAGAUGGCAUUAUAAACUUAAAGACUAAAAGGCUCAACUAUGAUUGGGUUCGAACAUCAUAUGAAUUUUUAGCUGUGAACAAUCUUCUUCUAGUAGAAGAACUUGAAAUUACUCACAAAGAGUUCUUUACAAUGAUCCAGGAUGGCUUAUUUGAUCCAGAAAUUACCUUCCAGUCAAUAAAGAAGUUGAUACUUACACCAAGCUUUUUAUUACAAAAAAGCGAUAUGACACUAUUCAGUUCAUUUGAUCAGAUUAAGGAUAAAUAACCUGUCUUCUAAAGCUUCUUUAAAAAAUCUCAAACAUGUUGUUUUCAGAAACUUCAUAUGGAGACCAGAGUUGAGAGUCGAUUUCAAUAAAUAUGCUUUGGCUGAAAACCAAUCUGUUCAGUAUUGAAGAGACAAAGAUGACACCUGAAGUUGUUCAAAUAAUGGUGCUGGAGUAAUUGCAAUAAAGGCUCAUGAUAUAUACAUUUACACUCUUUAUGAAACAGAUAUAAAGAUGUUCAAAGUUAAAGAAUUCUCUUGUAGAAAUUUUGAAAGAGAGAUGAAAAUGCAAACAUUUUUCUUCAAAAAAUAUUUUAAAUACCCUGACAAGCACUAUCUAACACUCCCUGCCUUAAGAUGCUCGAAUUUCAUUGAGAUAUCAGAAGUGCAAAUCUUCCCUAUCAAUGUCGUUGAAAACUAUUGUCUCAGUCCAAAUUCGACCAAUGAAAAUCAGCCUUUCUUGAAUAAGAUUCGCAAAGACUCUAGCUUCCUACACCAUUUAAAAUUAAUGAAAGAUGCUCCUGACACUAUUAUAAUUGAAAACAAGAAUAUUGACUAUGUUUGUACCGACAAUUACAGCAAAGGGCCAAUAUCUGGAAAGAUGGUAUUUCAUGAUCAGUUCAAAUCUGAUUGGGUUUUAAACAACUGCAAUCUCUACGAUUGAAAGACUGUAGAUCUUUGCUUCAAUGAAAGCUAUGAUCAAGAAGAAUUUGAAAGAGUGGCUAAAAACUUAAAGAUAUGUCAUCCAUGUUUUGACCUUAACAUUCAUAUUUAUACUUAUUGGCCCAGAGUAACAAAAAUUGAAUAUUUACAGCUUAAAGAAAUCCUAUCAAUCAAACCUCCAAAUGUAUACCUAUCUGAAUGCCCAGGACUUUAUCCAUUAAUCAUCUCACUGUUAUGUUCAAUUCCCGUAAAGUCUCUUACUGGGACUAACUUGGCUAUCAAACAUCGCAUUCCUAAACCGAUAAAGAGGAAGAUUCUCCAGGCAGAGAAUAAUUUAUAUAUGUCUCAAGAAAGAUCACAGUCUUCUAAGAAUGAUUUCAUAGAGCAAUUAGAAAUUAGAUGGAUGUAAUUUUUCGAAUUGAUCAUCUCCAUUAUGAAUAAUCAAAGCG